AUGGCCAGCCCUGCCUUUGAAUUCGUGCAGGGCAACGAGCGCCUCGACUGGGGCGUCCUCGUCUCCAUUGAUGUGGAGCGGCUGAUGAAGUCCACCACCGUGGACACGCUGCAACGCAUCGUUGAGAACAUCGCCUUCUCCCGUGUCACGCGCGAUGAGGCCGCCCUGUUCACGCCGGACCACAUCCUGCACCUCUUCCAACUGUGCCAAGUGGUGAUUCAGUACCUGGUUUACUCACAGGAGAUCCUCGCCGAAAUCAACGUUAAGCUGAACGACCAGAUGGAGGGACAGCAGGCCACUGCGCAGGAGCAGGAGGCACUGCUCCAGCGGCUCUCCGACGAGACUAACCUGCUGAAGAAGCAGGUCAAGACGCAGCGUCGCACGCUGCUGGGGUAUGAGUACAACGCCCAGGCAGCGUUGGCGCGCGGGCUGACCGCCAGUGGCGCUGCUGCUGCGGCCGGCGUCCCUGCGACUUUGUACGUCUGCCCGUACUGCGGGGAUGAGUACCACAAGGCCGAGUCCAUGCAGUCGCAUCUGCGCAAGAGGCACAACACGUCAGCGGCGUCGCCGAGCUUGCCGGUCGCAGCCACUGCUACCUCUCCCCCGCCGCCUACUGCGGGCGCGCAAACCGUUGCCCCAGCCCCUGCUCAUGCUCCAAUCGCAACCGCGGAGACUUCUGAGCCGCUCCAGCAACUUCGCCACCGCGUGGAGCAGUUAGAAAAAGACAAGGAGGCGAUGGAACGGCAGCAGCGUGAGAACCUGAUACUGAUGAUGCUCGGCGCCACGCGGUCGCAGACAACGUCACCGCCACCACAGCAACCGCAACAGCAGCCAACCCCGACACCCGCCAGUACGAGUGCGCAGGCGCCCGUUUCACCGCCACCGCCACCGCCACCGCCACCGCCCCCGUCGUCGCCGCUUCCGAGUUUGACCUCGGCGCCGUCCGCGACAACAACCGACACGGCAGUGAACGUCAUUCCAGAGCAUCUCCAAGGUAUACCCGUCGUUCCAGACAUCAGCGCAAUGAUGAACUACAACCUCUCCUGCCAGCGCGAGGCCUCGGAGAACGCACUGCGACGCCAAUUGGUGGACCUGGAGGCUGAGAUACGAGCUCUGAGGGCGAGCAAGCUGGCUGAAGCCCCAACAGUGGCCAAGGAAGCGCCCCCGCCACCCUCACCAUCCGCAGCGGCCGCUGCCUGCUCGACAUCAGCACCACCGUCCGCCCCCGGUCUCGGCGUCACUGGGUCGAAGGACCCUCCCGCCGUUGUGCGCCCCGCGUGGGUGGCGGAACUGGAAAACGCACAGCAACGCCAGCACCAGCAGCAGCAGCAGCAACAACAGUCCAGCGUCUCCGCAGCUCCCCCCUCCCUCGCACCGCCGUUGACGCCGCCCCCAGCACCGCUACCGCCACCACCACAAGCAGCAGCCACCCCAACACCAUCGCCACCGCCGCCGCAGCAGCAGCAGCACGUCUACACAGCAGGAGCGACAGUGCCCUCCCUUGUGCCGCCAUCGUCCCACUCACAGUCGUCUUCAACGCAGCCCCAGUCCACCACCGCAGCGGCGCCGCCGAUCCUGUCGAUGCCUUCGAUCUGCGCGCCCCCACCCUUGCGGCCCAGCUCCCCAGCACCGCAGCCGAGCUACAACAUUCAACAACAGCAGCAACCUUCACCGGCAGCUCCGUCCCCCACGCCCUCAGUGCCAGGCCUCUCCACCCCCGCCAUCCUGAUACCCUCUUCAACCACGGCGCCCACAACUGGGGGCGGCGCACCUCCACCUGCAACGCCAACACCGUCCGUAAGUCUCCCACAACCGCCACAGGUGCAUCCGAAACCGUACCACUGGGUCGACAGCAGCACAAACUCCAGCCUCACAUCCACCUCAACAGUGCCGCCGCACCGAGCUGUCAGCAAAGGGUACCCAGGUGCCACGCCCUCUCUCGCCCCUAGCAGCGCCACACCCGCGAUGGCGACGGGGGCAUCAACCUCAGCGACAACAAUUCCACUGCCAUCGACGACUUCUCCCGGUGCCCUCGCCCCUUCGGUCUCCUCUCCCGGCCUCGGGGUAGGGUCAUACUUUUCCUCUCGCACCUCUGCGCCUGCAGCAGCGCCGCCGGCACCAGCGCCGCUCUCGGUUAUUCCGCCGCCCCCGGUGACAGCGCCGGAACUUUCCGUGCCUCAUGCAACACCCGUUCCAGUUCUUGGCAUAACAAGCACGCCCCUCUCUCACGCGCCGUCCCUGCCGGCGCCAGUCUUGGCAGGUGGCACCGGCGGUGGCACCACCAGCGUCGGUACCUGGUCCCCGCCAGCGCCAGUCCCGAGUACUGCCAGGGUGCCGGUGCCAACACCUUCAGCAGUGCCUGGGACCGUCAAGUCCUUCCAGUCAUUGAGCAGCAGUAGUAGCAGCAGCAGCAGCGGCUUGCGCUUCCGCACUGACAGACGCUACGAAUAUUAG